AUAGCUGGGACAGUGCUGGGGCCCGUAAUGGAGGAGGAGCAGCAGCAGCAGCCGCAGCCUGACCCGAGGAGGCCUCCCCCACCCCCGCCUGCUCCCCCGCGGCCGAGGCCACCAGUGCCACCCCCGCAGCCUCCGCAGCCACCACCAGCUCCACCUGCUGGACCCAAGAUGCUGGUUAUCGGUAGUCGGGUUUAUCAGCUAGUCCAUCUGGGAACCUAUGUAAUCAAACCGCUGUAUGGUCUGGAUGCGGAUACACAGGCUCCGGACCCAAGAAACCCUGGCAAUGGUGCUAGGAACUUCACUUCCAGCGUCAGCAGUCCAAUGGUUUCUGCUGGAGCCGCUGCUGCAGAUCCAGAAAAUAAACAGCAGUAUCAGGAAACGCGUCGCCGUCACGUCACAGACCAAGCUGACGCCGAGGUCAAACGACCGAGAGUAAAAGACGAGCCUCCGGAAGCAACAGAAGCACAUGGAAAGAAAAGAGCAGUCCCAUUAAAAGUGCGUGGUAUUACAUGCAAAGAUGUUUUCGUUAAUGGACGCGAAGGAGUGUUAGUGACAGUUUCUUGGGAGAAGACAUUUUGUGAAUCCAAGCCCGAAUUGAAAACUGAAAGCAAAGAUGCUGUAGUACCGACCAUCGCCGAACUGCAAGAUAAUCAAAAUGCCCAAAGGACCGAUCAUCAGACGGUACGUAAGACGGAAUCCAUCUACGAUAAUACUAUGGAAGUUUCCAGAACCUAUGGUGCAAAACAACAAGCAGAAUACGUCCAAUUGAAAGCAAAUAAUGCCCAAUGUGACUGCACUGCGAUCUGUGUUAAAGAUCUGGACAACGUCAAGCCUAGACCUUCCAGUUCUGAAGAUUCAGGUAACUACGUUUGUCACAGUCGUGAACCUGAAACACUGAAGACUGGAGCAGGACCCUUGAUGACUGCCGUCGGCAGUAGGUCUUCUGCGGAAUCAAAUUUGCAGCACACUGCACACCAUGGCUGUGUAGGGCCACCUUCCUGGCACUGUGCCCAGUGACAGACACCAAUGUAACCACAUAGUUCCACACUCAGCCACAUAGAGGUUCUAUAAGUUCCUGUCCAACACCACUUCUUUUCGUCUGGUUAUUGUGUACUAUUGAGCAGGACACUGCCAGUGUGAGUGCUGUUGCCGGAGAUAAUUAUGUGUUACCUGAAUCCCUGAAUGAAAUGUGUGGAAAUGUGAGUGUGCCAAUGCUUACAGUUUAGCUACUCAGAGCGAAAUUGUGGCUCAAAUAUGAGUUGGACAAGCUAUUGCUACAAACAGGGAAGGAACAGUGAAAGACAAUCUAUACAUUUUGCAAGAAGAUGAAGACUCCAUGAUAUUUUAUAAUGACUCUUAAUCUGUUUUUCUUUUGGCCUCAUGAUAGUAGUCAAUUUUCAAGUACUCAGAAAUCUUUGCCUUUCAGUACACUGUGAAAUUUGUGUGUAAAAUCUUCCAUUGUAACGGUUUAAAUCAGCAACACAACAACUGUGUGAGAAUAUAAGCCCCCAUGACUAAGGACAGUUCUUAAAGUGUUGUGAUACUAUGAACAUAGGGCUGCAAGGGAUUCUGUUUUCAUUGACUGAUGAUUUGAUAGCAAUAGCAAUAUGUUACAGUGAAAUUCAGUAAUGGUAUUCUACUGCUGUAUGAAUAUAUUUGUUAAAAUAAAGAGUAUUAGACAUAUUUUAAA